AUGAUGAUGCUGACGCCAACAACCAAGCUCGUGGCGACUGCCACUGCGGCUUCCGCCAAAGCUGCUCUGGCCGCUCCGGUCGCGCUGCCCAUCCUUUCCCGAGCCUUCCAUGCCUCGGCCCCAAGCCACAACGCUGCCCCUCAAUUCGACGCCAACACUGCCAAAGAGCAGAGUGCCCCUCUCCGCCACUUUCGCCUUUCCACUCAAAAGCACCCGCUCUAUGAGAACAAGGAUAAGGAUGGCAAGCCCGUUUGGAUCAACCCGAGCGACAACAAGGUUUGGUCUGAGGAGGAGGUCAUGAG